CAACACCAAACAAAGUAGAUACACAAAUUUGUAUGCAUCACCCUCACACAUGACACAAUCCACCCAAUUUCUACUCUCUCAUCUGUCACUCUUGUUCCAAUCUACUGUAAUUCACAUGAAUUACACCACCCCUUUACCAAAAUCUAAGUAAAUGUUGAGAAAUACAGCUACCCAAUUAUAGAUACAAUCAAUAUAUGCAUACAUGUCUUCACUCAAACCCCUUUCACCUCAAGAAUGGGAGUCUCUCAUUGAUGAUUACCAGACCAACUCUACUCAGCGUCUCCAGAAAUGGGCCAGUUUGAACUACACUGGAAUCUCUCUCCUUGACCUCUCUCUCUCGUCCCUCUCCCGGAAAGAUUUCAGUCUCUCUGUGAAACUCAAUCUCAUUGUGUUCAUUGAGGAGUACUUGCAAUCUUGCUUUGAAGAAGAUCAAGAAUCUGAGGCUUGUUCGUUGGGACUGACCCGUCUUGUCGAUUCGCUUCGUGGGGUUGUACAAGCUCCGAUUGAUGGUGUUUCAGUGACCCUUUUGCUCAAAGAACAGUUCUUGGUUUGUGUUACUUCUGUUUUUGUGAGUUGUGUGAUUGGGAUUGAUGGGAAUUUAGGUGGGCAGUUUGUUAAGCAGUUGGAGGGGUUGAUUGAGCUUUUGUUUAGUGUGAUUAAUAGGCCUAAUCACGGGGUUGAUAGGCAGACAAGAGCUGUGGGUUGUGAGUGUUUGAGGGAGCUGGAGAGAGCUUGUCCGUGUUUGUUGGCUCAAGUUGCGGGGAAUUUGUGGAGUUUGUGUCAGAGUGAGAGGACUCAUGCUGCACAAAGUUAUGUUCUUUUGCUUGCUCAGGUGAUCCAUGGCGUUGUUGUAUCAGGUGCAAAUGUUUCUAUUGUUAAUAGUUCAAUGCCUUUAGUACCUUAUAACGUUCCGGAGUUUUUAAUUAAUGAUGGUGGGUUGGGUAAAGAAUUUUCAGAUUCAAAUUAUAAGGAGUUUAGGAGAGUAAUGGCCUUUUUGCUUGAAUGGCCACAGUAUAUGACUCCAUUUGGGUUGUUGGAGUUCAUGACUUUGAUAAUGACUUUGGCAGCAGUGUUGGAAUUGCAAACUUCGUUGUUGAAGGUGCAAUUCUCAGGACUGAUCUACACGUAUGAUCCCUUGUUAUGUCAUACUUUUUUAGGGAUGUAUUCUCGAUUUUUAGAUGCUUUUGAUGGGCAAGAAAAUGAGAUUGCUAAUCGCCUAGUGCUAAUAUCAAGAGAAGCUCAACAUUCUUUGGUUUUUCGGUUGCUUGCGCUACACUGGUUACAAGGUGUUAUUGAAUUAGUGUCGAGUAAAGAAGUCGGGAAGAAGAAAAUUGUUGUCAAAAUGAGUUUGAGCUUCUACCCAUCUGUAUUUGAUCCACUAGCUCUAAAAUCCUUAAAGCUUGACUUGCUUGCUUAUAGCUCAAUUUUACUUGAUACUGACAGAUCGAAAGUAAUGAUAAAUAUGAAAGGUGAACUUGGUUUGGACUCAAGCAAUGUGGUGAGUUUAUUCAAGGAUGGUCUUGUAUCAGUAUCCAGUUUCAAUUGGUUACCCCCAUGGAGCACUGAAACUGCAGUGGCGUUCCGUGCUUUCCAUAAGUUUUUGAUCGGUGCCUCCUUACAUUAUGAUACAGAUUCUUCCUCUGCUAAAGUUCCGAAAGACUCCACCAUCUUCCACACUGUACAGAACAUGCUUGUGGAGAUGGCAUUGGAGUUUCAGGGAUUGGUUCCAGUUAUAGUUGCUUUUAUUGACAGGUUAUUAGCCUGUUAUAAGCACAGGUGGUUGGGCGAGCAUCUGCUUCAGACUUUUGAUAAAAGUUUGGUUUCAAAGCUCAAGGUAGACUAUAGAUUGGUAUCUUACUUCCCAUUAUUUGACAGAAUUGCUGGGACUGAUACGGUCCCACCAGGUGGAAUAAUAGAGCUCUUUGCCAAAUUGAUGAUGUUUCUUGUUGAGAAACAUGGUCCAGACACAGGGUUGAAGUCCUGGUCUCAGGGGAGUAAAGUUCUUGGAAUGUGUCGAACUAUGCUGUUACACCAUCAUAGCUCUAGACUGUUUCUUGGACUAUCCCGUCUCCUGGCUUUCAUUUCCCUAUAUUUUCCUGACUUGGAGGUUCGUGACAGUGCCAGGAUAUACCUGCGGUUGCUGAUCUGUGUACCAGGAAAAAGGCUUAGGCACAUACUGAACUUUGGGGACCGAGUUCCAGGUAUUUCACCAUUCAGUGAUCAGGCACCUCAAAUUUUGCAUGAUCCUAAGAAGUCUAAAACCAUUUCUUCCUACAUCCACCUGGAACGAGUAUUUCCGUUGUUGGUCAAGCAGUCUUGGUCCCUGUCUUUGCCAACUCUAAGCUUUGGUAGUGGAAAACCUUCUUAUAUUGAAAGCAUUCAAGACAGUGAACCUCCACCUGAGCAAACAGAAGUUGAUUCCCAAAAUCUGUCAGAAACGGAAAGAGUAUAUCACCCACAGGAACCGCUGCGCGUGAUGGAUUCUAAGGUUUCAGAGAUUGUUGGAAUACUGAGGCAGCACUUUUUGUCUAUACCGGAUUACAGACACAUGGCAGGGCUCAAAAUUAGGAUAUUGUGUACUUUACGAUUUGAAUCAGAGCCUUUUGCUCGUACAUGGGGUGUCAAUGUGCCUGCUAAUGGGUUUAAUGAAGAAGACUCCCUUCCAGCGAUAUAUGCAACUGUUCUCAUAUUUUCUUCUUCAGCACCAUAUGGAAUUGUUCCAUCAUAUCACAUACCUUUCCUUCUUGGUGAACCUUCUAGGAAUGCGUCUCCUGUGGGUCAAGCUGGUUCUCAAGAGAUCAUCCCUAUCGAGGAUAAAUCUCAAGAAGAAAUUAGGUUCAAAGCUUCUGUAACAAUAGAAUUGGAACCACGGGAACCAGUACCUGGUAUGAUUGACGUUUCCAUUGAAUCAAAUACAGAAAAUGGACAGAUCAUCCGUGGUCAGCUUCAAAGUAUUACUGUAGGUAUUGAAGACAUGUUCCUUAAAGCUAUUAUUCCAGAGGAAGUCAAGGGACAUGCAGUAUCUGAUUAUUACUUUGCCUUGUUUAGUGCGCUGUGGGAAGCAUGUGGCACUUCUGCAAGCACUGGACGGGAGACAUUCUCUCUAAAGGGAGGCAAAGGGGUCACAGCAAUCAGUGGGACCCGAUCUGUCAAGUUGCUUGAAGUUCCUGCACAGCUUGUAAUUGAAGCUGUGGAGCGGCAUUUGGCGCCUUUUGUUGUGAGUAUAAUUGGAGGACCCCUUGUAAGUAUCGUAAAAGACGGGGGAAUCAUAAGUGAUAUUUUCUGGAAAGAUGUUGAUUCAGAUUCUUCUGCUGAUGUUACUACCUCAGGCACAAAUAUGGAUAGUGGCCCCCUAUAUCUCAAGUACACUGAAGACGAAGAUGACAGAGGAGGUCACAUCAAUGUCAAUAAGAAAAACAUGGGUUGCUUUCUUAUUUUGAUAUUCCUUCCUCCAAGGUUCCAUCUCCUUUUCCAGAUGGAAGUGACAGAUGUUGCUACACUGGUUCGUAUAAGAACUGAUCACUGGCCGUGCCUAGCGUAUAUAGAUGAUUACCUGGAAGCACUGUUCUCUGCUCAAAGAUAGUUCCAUUCAAAUUCUCUCCGGUGACAAUCAAAUUUUACUCCUAUUUUCUAUCAUCUUGCAUUGCUUCCUGCAAAGGGAGUGGCAAUUUUUGACACUCAUUCAUGACUACAGUGUAUUACCUUUCGAACAUCAAGACUAUCACUCCCAAUUCUUGGAGUGCAACAGAAUAAUUCCAUUCUCCGGGCAUCUUUUAUACGCUCAGGUGAGUGAUUAAAUGUCUGUAAUUUAAAAAGGCAGUGUAAUUCUUUUAUUGCGAGUCCCAGAUAUGAAUGCCUUAUAGUCAUAUUCUUCUUUUGAACAUGCAUUUAUCAAGGGAUGAUAACAUUGUAGUAUCAAGGGAUGAUAACAUUGUAGUAUUGUACUACACUUGAUUGUAUCAUUUCAUUGCAUACUAGUUAUGAGUAUCGGCCUUGGCAAGGGUAAACCGCAAACAUGUAUUAGGCAGGAAUUGUGACAGAACAUGCAUUUACGACCUCCUGUUUUAUGUGCAUUUUGAAAUUCCGAGAAAAAUCCGGGUUGAGAAAGAAGAUUGUUGCAGUCGAAGUGUACAACAAAAGCUGCAAAAAAGACAGCCGCAAUACUACUGGAAAGUACAGUUUCAAUAUUGCCCAUACGUAACCCUUUGUAUAGACGUUGGGGCGGGCGGACGCUAAGAUGGAAUAGACCCGCCAAUAUGCCCGAUGUACCUGCUGCAAUAUGAUGAGAAGCUAUUCCUCCCGGAACAAAAGGAUCAAAACCUUCCACGCCCCACGCUGGAUUUACGGAUUGUACUUUUCCCGUUAGUCCAUAAGGAUCGGACACCCAUAUUCCAGGACCAUACAAGCCUGUUACAUGAAAUGCACCAAAACCAAAGCAAGCUAACCCCGCGAGAAAUAAAUGAAUUCCAAAGAUCUUGGGCAAAUCUAAAGAAGGUUUUCCUGUACGUUCAUCACAAAAGAUUGCUAGAUCCCAAUACGUCCAGUGCCAGAUAGCUGCCAAGAAGCACAA